GACGUCACGAGGCGACCACGUGCGUUUGUUAUUGUUUACGGUGCGGCGUCGGGUUCUUUCUGCUGCCUUUUAUCACAGAAAAAAUAUGAUGAUUAUUUGAUUAUUAUUGCUUUUUGACGAUAGAGAAGAUGAGCAAGUUACCCAAUAAUGCUUAUCUCCCUUGUGUGAAAUGUGACGCUUGGGUUCCUGGUUAUGCAGAGGAGAUUCAUGCGGUGGAAUGCCAUCACCUGAGACAGUCACGGUUUUCUCAUCCUUACAUCAGAGGGUCGUCGAUGCACGCAGAACCUUUGCUCAUAUCAGACCCUGAGGCAUCGGAUGGAAGCAAGUCAAAGGAAGACGAAGCCAGUAAAAGAAAGCAGCAGGAUUUAAAAAAGCAAGAUGACAGAGGAACCAAGAAGAAAGAUAAGAGAGGCCACAAUCACACAGAAAAGAAAUUGGUGACUGAGACUAUCAAGUGCAAGUUUGAAGAGCCAGAAUGGCUUAAGAAGAUCUUUCCAAGCUUCCAUUACCAAAUAGUUUUGUUGAAUGAAAGAGAUCUGAUUCGGUGCAAUAUAAGUGCUUAUAGUCCUGUGGAACUGGAGUAUGAUGGCACCUCUUGUGCCUUUCUUGCUGUGCCAGAUGAAAAUGUACAGAUAGGAUGCAUAGUUUUGCAUAAACUUGGUUGUGAAGUUUAUUUUCCUUCCCUGAAAUCAACUACUCUGGUAUUAGUGAAAAGAAUCGCCAAUGUUGAAGUUGCUAAAGAAGUGAUUUUUAGUUCGUGUAAGACUCAGAGUAAAAGAGAACGACAUCUGAUCGAGGAACAAAUUAAGCAUCAGUUAUUCAGUACUUGUCCCUUGGGGUCAGUGUUCACGUUGAAAAUUGGAAGUAAAGUGCAUCUUCACACACUGAAAAGAGCAGACCAAGUGUUCCAGGUUUCAAAUUACGUGCUUCUGGUUAACGAGAUCAGUGAGCCAAAUAGCAUAUCGGAAGUACUAGCAGAUCGGUUACAAGAUAUUAGCCUAAAUAGUUGUUCAAGUAAUGAUUCUGUGUUUGAUAAGAGUUCGACUAUUCCUUCACAACUAUUAACUCUAGAUGAAUACAAAUGCUCUGAUAGCUCUGCUCUAGCUUCUGAUUUAUCAAAACUCCGACUUUCAAGCGACGACACAGGUGCUGGUUUUGUCACCAUUGAUGAGUAUCACGAAGGCAAUUCUGUUGAAGAGUCCAAGGAUCUCGAUGCUGGCAUUGUCACUUCAACACCCAAUAAAAAAUCAAACGCAACCCUGCACAAGUCCUUGCUUGCAGCGAGGAUGAGGGAGAAAAUCCUUACAUCUGGAGAAUCAGACGAGGGAAUCAAGCAGUGGAGAGAAGCAGAUCCUAGUUUGCAAAAGCACUGGAUCAGAGUUGGAAGAGAUACAAAAAUCACUAUACAAAGUGCAGAUGAAGCUAAUACCAAAAGUCAAGGUGAAGAAGAAAAAGACUAUAAUGAAAAUGUUUAUUACAAGAACCAUGCUUAUGAAAUGCUUCUGAAGAUCAUGGAAAAUAAAUUCAGGGAUAUGGGAACAAUGGGUAAUCCUCUCCUGGGUGGCUGGACUGGGGUAUUGCUCCACGGUCCCCCAGGUACAGGUAAGACCCUCAUGGUGAAUCAGGCGGCAGCUGAGAUGAAUGUUCCUGUGAUUUCUCUAACCUCAGCGGAUGUGACAAAGUCUUCAGCAAGUGGCAGUGAAGAGGUUUAUCAGAAGUUUAGAUUUGCAUGUGACAGUUCCCCAUCAGUCUUAUUUAUGGAUGAAGUGGACAGUCUGUGUCCUGCUGGGGAUCAGAAAUCAGUCAGCGGGAAUGACAUAUUGGCUGCUGUCAUCCGCGGCAUCCACAUAGUGCAGGAUAGCUCUAAACCUGUCUUGCUGAUAGGUGCCACAAGUCGCCCAGAUGCAGUUGCACCAAAGUUACAGAGUCCGGGAAGAUUAGACAGGCAAUUGCUUGUGCCACUUCCAGAUGCUCACCAAAGGGCCUUCAUUCUCCAGAAACUGCUGUCCUCUCAGAGCCAUAGACUACAGCAAAGAGAAAUACUUGAUAUAGCAAAACAGGCAUAUGGGUUUUCUGGAGCUGACCUGGAUGUUUUGAUAAAAAGUUCCUGGUUACACACUACUGAAAGAAUAGCAAAGAAUACAGACUUGAGAGAGCAAGGGGUAGAGUUGAGUCUUUGUCAAGAAGACUUAAGUGAGGGUUUAAAAGCUGUUGUACCAACCAUGAUGAGACAAAACUACACAGCAAUAUCUGUGGUAAAAUGGGAUGACAUCUGGGGUUAUCAGGCACUAAAAUCAAAAUUACAGAAAAUGAUUCACCAACAUCAAGACAGUCCGGAUGAACACCCUUUAAAAGGCCUUCUUCUGUACGGGCCUCCUGGGUGCUCCAAGACCAUGUUUGUGCGAGCCAUUGUGAAUGAGACCAACUUUAGCUUCUUUCCUCUCAAGUGCUCAAACCUUCUGUCAAAGUAUGUUGGAGAAACAGAGAAGUCUUUGAGCAAAGUGUUUGUUCGAGCACAGCAGGCAGCGCCAUCAAUCAUAUUCAUGGACGAAAUUGACAGCUUGUGUGGUGAUCGUUCUGGUGGCAGUUUGCUUGUAUCAGAGUUGCUGUCGUUAGUGUCCGGCACAAAAUAUAAGGGAAACAUUUGGAUUAUAGGAGCUACCAAUCGACCAGCAGCAGUUGAUGAGGCCUUACUUCAGCCAGGGUGUUUGGAGCAAGUUGUUCAUGUUGAUUUGCCUGAUUUCCCUAGUCGAUGUGAUAUUUGGAAAGGCAUAUUAACAGGUGUCUCAGUCAAGGAGGAAAUAGAUGUUGCAAAGCUAAGUGAUGCAUCUGCUGGACACUCAGGAGCUGAGAUUACAGGCAUCUACCAAGAAGCAGCAUAUGUGGCUCUGGCUGACAUGGAACGAACGGAGAAAGAGAGAGAAAGUGAAAAUUUACAGAGGGAGGACAGUGUUGUUCCGUGUGUGACAGAGGAUGUGAUUUUAAAGACAAUAAGAUCAACACCUCCACGAACCCCUCCAUCUCUGUUACAGACUAUUAGUUUAUUUACAGAUCAGAGAAAAAGCUUAUGUAAAACACUAUAA